AUGAUUUUACGCGAAGCCGUGGAACGCGCGAAGGCGUCGUGCGAGGAAGAGGGGACGGCGAGCGCGAGCUGCGUGACGGCGUGGGAAGAGGUGGCGGAGGUGCGAGACGCGGCGUCUCGAGCGGGGGUGCGAACGCGCGGAGAGGGGGAGGAUUUGGAUUUGAACGCGCGCGGGAAGACGACGAAGGCGGAGGAGGCGGCGAAACGGGCCAAGGCGAAGGAGAUGCGCGAACGAUUAGCGAAGGAUCCGCUCAUGGGAUCGCUGCCGUGUCGAGGGUUGGGGGAGUGCACGGUGGCGGAGGGCACGCUCGAGGCGCGCGGACGGUUGAUGGCGAGAGAGGAGGACGGAGACGCGGCGACGAGCGGCGAGGCGGAUCCGAGCGCGGCGAGGCGGAGCGCGGUGGAGGCGGCGGUGGCGCGCGCGAUCGAACUGUGCGCGAGCGGGGCGACGAGAGAGGCGUGCGCGAUCGCGUGGGAGGAGGUCGAGGAGCUCACGAGUUGGGGCGGUGGGCGCCGAGAGGGGGAUUAA